AUGAAUAUUUUCCACCACAAACAUCAAAAGCUCAUUCUUCAGUGCUACCCUCCUGGAAAAGCAACCGACAAGAAACCAAAUCCAUCCGAACUCAGCUAUUUAUUAUACUACGCUUCAACACGUAGAGUCAAAUUGGAGAAAGUGAUUCAUUUUCUCAAAGACAAGACUCAACACGAUGCUGCAAGAAAUCGUACCGGAAAUUUACAAGUCACUUUGGCCAUUAUCAAAGAGUUGAUUGAAAAAUGUAAUGAAAACUUGAAUGUUUUUGCUCCACAAGCUUGCAACAUCCUCAAGAUAUGUCUCGACACUGAGGAUAUAGCUGUUUGCAAGAGUGUGGUCAAAACCUAUGAAGUAUUGUGUGCGAAAAUGGAUGCUGCAUUAUUUGGUGGUGAUAAAGAGUUUGUGCACGACUUUACUGAUCUCACUCAGCAGUUGAUAUCACUUGGAAAAGACAAGAACAUCUCGCAAAAUCAGUAUGACUGGCAAAUGGUUUCGUUGAAGGCUAUUUACGCCAUUUCCAACUGUUUAACUUUCUCCAGCAGCACUUCCAAAAAAUUUGUUGCAAUUUCGAUUCCUUUUUUGAUCCAAGUUAUAAUGCACAAUAACAACAUCAGUAGCUUGGUGCAACGUCUAAAAUCGAGUCUCAAUGUUGAAUCUGAUGGAAAGAGAUUAUCACGCGUGCAGCUGCACAAAUCCCAAACCCAACUCCACAACCAGAUUGAAGUUGAUUUUGAUAAUGAUACUUUAACUUUGACAGAUGUGAAUCAAGAAGCAAUGAACGCAUUGAGAGCUUUUUUCAACAAUACCGCCACAGCUCAGAUCUCAGAAGUAACAAGAGCUGUAGUUCAACACAUUUUCACGACAAACAUAAACUUGGAUUGGGGUAUUGUAUUGUUGGAGUUGUGCGUUACUUGGAUUCCAAUUCAGUUGAGAUUCGUCAGUUGCUCCACUUUGUUGGCUACUUUGAAUCGUAUUAAUAUUGAAGGGGCAUCAAAGUCCAAUUAUCCACUUCAUUUACUGUAUGCCAAGCAUUUGUUGGGUUUGUUGUCCUCGGGGAUAAAUAUGAUUGGGUUAUCGAUUUCCGAUAUCAUUCAGCAAUUGUUGAACUUGCAAACAGACUUGAUUUUGAAGCCCAGUGAUUUGAGCAAAUCUGAGAUAGAUUCCUUGACAAACAUAUACUCUGAAUGUAUAUGCAACAUCACCACGCAUAUCUACUACUUUGAUCAAGUUCCCGACUCAAUUCAGGAAAUCUUGGUCAAGGUCGAUUAUGUUUUGGACAGUUCAUUUGUGGACAGUUCUGACCAAACAACUUCAAGUGAAAGGAUCCAUGAUCUUAUUGUGCAGUUUUUGGACAAUAUUUCCAAAAUUUUCCUCAUUUUAAAGAGCAAGACAAGUACUAUCAAUAGAAACCACGUCAAUCUUGAACAUUGGGACAUCAGCUUGGGUUUAUUGGCGCCCGAAUCCGAAUUUGAGGAUAACAGAAACACCAUCUUGUCGCUUCACCAAAUUCGAAGCAUACAGGCCAAGUACUUGAAAGUUUUUGAUGAGUUUUUAAAUGUCGAAUUGGCAGCAUCGUCGCGCUCGGCGUACGAGGUGAUUAAAAAACAACAAAAUAGACUUGAUCCUGGAAAUGCAAAUUCACAGUUUAUGGACAGGUCCGAUAGCUCAAAGGAUAACAAACUCAGCGGAAAAAAUUUGAUGGAACCAGAUGUUAAUCAGUACAUCACCCAGCAGCAAAAUUUUAUCUCUCACUUUUUGAUGUAUGCUGACAGGUUCUUUGAUGGGCCCGAGGCUCCAAGCACAGAGUUGGUUUUGUUGUUGGUGAAGGUAUUGAAAGAUAUGAUUGAGAUUCUUGGGUUAAACUUUGUUAGUAAUUUCAUUCCGUUUUUCCAUUAUGGAGUCUUGAAAUUGGAUAAAGCGUCUGAAUUUUCUCAAAGACAAAUGUAUAAAGACACAAUUGUCCAUAUAUUGUUGUAUUACAUUUUGAAGAAUCUUGAUGAGCAAUACGAAGAAGAAUUGGAAGGGUAUUGCAAAUCUUCCAAAUUGUUCAAAUUGGUGUUGGACAGUGUUGAGUAUAGAAGACAACAUGGAUUAUGGAUUCAUGGAAUCGAUUCGCAACCGUCCGAUUUGGAACAUCCAAAAGGUAGACGAGUUUUGCCCAAGGAUGGUAAUGGCAACGAUUUGAAACUUCGGAUAAAGAGUGAACAAAUUGAAGAGUUUGCAUGUGGUAACAAUUUCCUUAUUGUGUGGUUGCAUCCUCAGAAGCAAUUGUUGACCGAGAUUGAAAAACCUCAAGUGUCGACCCAUAUGACUCAAUUCAACAACGAUUCGCGAAAUACGAACAACAACAGCACUGCUUUUAUGGACUUUGAUGAUGAGGAUGGUGAUGAUGCUUCGACUCGCGGUGGUUCCGGUGGUCCCGGUCGCCCUGAUCACUUUGUUCCUCAAUUCAAUCCCCACACUGGCCUUUCCUCAGAUGCUGCCACAACAGAUUCAGAGCAAGGUUUGUAUACAGGGCUCGGAUUGGGAACUGCAAAAGACAUUCGUACUAUACGCGCCGAAAUCUUACAAUACAGCCAACAUUUCCAAGAGAAGGGGAUACCUUAUGCUGCAGAUUACACGUUGACUAGCAAUGCAAAUACGACGACAGUAGGUCGAUUGAAUGGUGAUUUACAUUCCUGUGAUCAGACCAAUGGCUCGAUUUACACAUUCAACUUGCACGUGAGCUGCCCCAGAAUUGCGGACUUGAAGGAAGUCUUGAGUAUGAAUGGACCACCAUUGGGGAAUGGCAUUGCUGCUCGAAACAUGGAUCACACCGCGUCGAAUAAUUCUAUAUUAAGCAAAAAUUUGCUAUCUACCGAUGUUGAUUCCAUUUUGGCUGGUUUGGAUAGUGAUGACGACGCUGCAUUUGUAGUUUAG